AUGUUGUAUCCCUCUUUACCAAGGUUCCACCCCUCCACCUUCUUCCUCACCGGCAUCCCACAGCUGGAGGCAGCCCACAUCUGGUUCUCCAUCCCCUUCUGCUUCCUGUACGUCAUUGCUGUUGUGGGGAAUGGCACCAUCCUCUUCAUCGUCAAGACCGAGGCCAGCCUCCACGAGCCCAUGUACCUCUUUCUCUCCAUGCUGGCCGUCAUCGACUUGGUCCUCUCCUCCUCCACCAUGCCCAAUUUGCUCAGCAUCUUCUGGCUGGGCAGCAGAGAGAUCGGCUUCCACAUGUGCCUGCUGCAGAUGUUCAUCAUCCACUCCUUUGCCACCAUUGAAUCGGGGAUCUUUCUCGCCAUGGCUUUCGACCGAUACAUUGCCAUUUGUGCCCCUCUGAGACACAAGACUAUCUUGACGCAUCCCAUCGUUGCCAAGAUUGGGCUGGCGGCCACCCUGCGGGGCUUCCUCUAUAUCUGUCCGCUGCCCCUGCUUGCCAGGCAGUACACGGACUUCCACACCAACGUCAUUGUGCAUUCCUAUUGUGAGCACAUGGCUGUGGUGAUGCUUUCCUGUGAGGACAUUUCCAGCAGUAACCUGUAUGGAAUGAUAAUUGGUUUCUUGGUGCUCAUCAUUGACUCUCUCUGCAUUGGAUUGUCCUAUUUUCUCAUCUUCCAGGCAGUGAUGAACUUGGCUACCGUGGAGGCCCGUCGUAAGGCCUUCAGCACAUGCUCCUCACACAUCUGUGCCAUCUUGGCCUUCUACAUCCCUAUUGCAGUUUCCUCCCUGACUCAUCGGUUUGGCCACAACGUGCCGCCCCCAGCUCAUAUCCUCCUGGCCAACUUCUACCUCAUCAUUCCGCCUGUCUUGAACCCCAUAGUCUACGCAGUCCAGACCAAAGAGAUCCGAAGGAGGCUGGCGAAGAUGUGGUCCUUGGGCAGAGGAGCAGCCAAGAACCUUGUAUAA